UCGGCUACCUGGAGCGCAUCCGGGGAACAUGGCGGUGGCGGCAGCGGCAGCGGCAGCAGCAGCAGCGGCUCGGGGGUGUUGGCUGGGACUCGUGGGGUCCGCUGCGCUGGCCAGAGCGGCCUGGAGACCCUUGGUGCUGUUGCUGCCGGUGAGGAGGGAGAGCGCUGCGGCAGACACGCGCCCCACUGUGAGACCACAGAAUGAUGUGGCCCACAAGCAGCUCUCAGCUUUCGGAGAGUAUGUGGCUGAAAUCCUGCCCAAGUAUGUCCAGCAAGUUCAGGUAAUAUUCACUACUGUUGUUUGGGUUUGGGUCAAGAAAGAACCAUGUUGAGACUUCCCUGUUGGUCCAGUGGUUGGGACUCCACACUUUCGAUCCCUGGUUGGGGAACUAAGAUCCCACAUGCCAGGUGGCACAGCCAAAAAAACCCCAAAAAACAGUGAAAGAAAGAACUGUGUUCUCAGGGCAUGUGGGAGUGGGCAGCCUGGAAUCAAACCACAGACUUCUUCAUCCCAACUUGGUCUUUUUUCUCUGCCUUAAACCAGGAGACUCCAGCUGAAGUUAGCUGCUCCCUCUGUAGCUUUGUUCCUU